CUUAUUCUCAGUCGUUGAAACCUGAUAGGAAACCAGCUUGCAGCUUGAAGUCAGCAAGGUGCAGCAAUCACCAAAUCUGCAUAAACUAUCCUUGACAGGAAUUUGUUAGACACCUCCGUGACGGGGAUCUCACUGCCUCCCUUGGAGGGAUCUCACUGCCUCCCUUGGAAGCCUGUUCCAGAGCUUAGAGUGUCCUUGGAGUUAAGAUCUUCAGAGAGAGCUGGUGGGGGGGAGCUGUCCCGUUUUUUAGGAAGGGAGACGGAAGCUGUGAGGAUGGAGGGGACUUCGCAUGUCAGCAAUUCUUGCUACCUGGAACCUCUGAGCACAGAGAACCUGCUGCAAAUGCGGAGCAAGCUGGAGUCCAAGGGGAAGAUGACCAGGAUGCUGAGAACCUACUUCAACGAUGUGCUGAAAAUGGUCAAAGAGUGCGAGUUGGUCCAGAACGAUACCAAGAAGGUGAUCGAGUGCAAUCGGGAAGACUUGGAAUAUCUCUACAACGAUGGAGAUGACAGGAUCUUUGUCUUCUGCCACAAUGGAGAGCCCUCGUAUAUUGGAAAAGAAAGGGACAGUCAUAUGUACCUGUGUCCGUCACCCCCCGAGACAGAACUGCUGAGUAUCAGACACCUACUGAGAGUGAUGUACAGACUGGAAUCCCAAGAGUGCAUGACCAACAAGCUGAGAACCUGCUUUGAACAUGCCCUGGAGAAUUUUCGCCAAGAACCCAGCUUCAUACAAAGGAACGCAAGGCUGGUGAUCUGUUACGAGGAAAAGGAGUUUCAUUUUGUAUCAGGGAAUGGGGAGAAUGUAUUCAUGGUGUACCUGGAGGAUGGCAAACCGCGUUAUGAGAGCCGAGUGCUGGGAUGGGGGGCAUACCUUUUUAAAAUGCUUGCCAGUUUGUUUUAAAGUGGCAGGGUAAGCCAGAUUUUAACUAGAAGACAGCUGCAAAAAACCCAAAAAAC